CCCACACCCGCCGCUCUCUCGACUGCAUCCACGACGAAGAGGACAUAGCGAACAAUGGCGACACCACCCACGGCGAACCCUACGACGCUCACUGCGCACCUCCUCUCGCUCUCGACUCCGCGCCCAUACUCUGCGGCAACGGAGCACCCGUUCCUCACCGCCGCCGGACUAGGCACACUCCCACCGGCUCUUCUCUCGCUCUGGCUAGCCCAAGACCGACUAUUCGCAGCCCAUGGGGGUUCUGCGUUUAUAGGCAGGACUGUGGCUGCCGUGCCGUUCUCGUCGCUCGACGAACCCGGCUCGCCGAGAGAGCAGAGGAACCAAGAGCUCGUGCGCGUAUUGGCGUACUCUCUCACGAACCUCGUGCGGGAGGUCGGCUUCUUUGGGGAUGUUGCUCGUGAGUACGGGCUGAAAGCGGAGGGAUGGAAGGAGCGCAAGGCGACGAGGGACUACACGGCGGAGAUGGUCAGGGUCGGUGCAGAGGGCAGGAUCGAAGACGCGAUGGUGUUCUUGUGGGCCAUGGAGCAGAUAUAUCUGGACUCCUGGCUAUACGUUGCGUCGCUGAAGCCAGUCGAGGCCGAGGGCGGCACCGCGCCCGCGGUGAAGACACUCGUCAACAACUGGACCAAUCCGGAGUUCGUCAAGUUUGUCGAUGAGCUCACUCAGAUUGUGAACAGCCUUGGCAUCGAGCCUGGAUCCCCUGCGUGGAUACGUGCGGAGUCCAUAUGGGCUCGCGUUAUUGAACUCGAAGAGGCCUUCUGGCCCGUCGGGGGAGAGGAGCUCACGCUGCUCAACGAGAAGAUGUAGAGAAGUGCUGGAUUGUAGAAAGUGUAUGUAGCGCAGAGUAGUAGAGGAAUAUGUAUAUCAUAGUGCACCGGCAGAGAAGCCCGAGGUCCCGCCUGCGAA